AUGAUGAGCGCUACGCACACAGGAUGGACUCGUGAGGGUAUUCGACAUGGGCAGACUGAGAUCGUACGAGGAUCCUCGUCGGGUGGAAGUAUCCACCUCCGAGUGAGGAAUCCAUGGGGGGAUUUGAUUGGAAUGGUUGGGAUUGUUGCGGGUAUAACAGGAAUGGUGUUGCGCCUGCGGUGGGUAUCUUGGGUCGCAUUGGUAAGCAGUAUCCUAUCAGUAUGCACGAGCAAGGCGAGCGAAUCGGAUGGUAGACAGGGUGCAAGUGGGAUAUCGUUUGCGUUUAUGGCGAUUAUUGGGACGUAUAUGCAAAUGAUUGCUUCGGGGCAGUUGGGACAAAAGGAAAAUGCUCCUGCUGCGUAA